AUGAGUCUCAAGUCGGGACUGAUCGUGCCUCAGGCCGACUUAUCACGAGAGGCCACUGCCGCCAACACUCCCUCAUCCAGCAUCAUGGGCAAAGAUGUCGAAAAGGAAGGCGUCGACACCGGCAAUGUCCCUGCUGAAUAUUCUGCUUCGGAACGGGGCGCUGGCGCUGGAGACAUUCCGGAAAAGUCUGGCGACAAUGAAGCUGCUGUCCCAGCUCCUCCGCAGCCUCAACAGCCAGUGUUUGACCCUUCUGCUUUUCCAGACGGAGGUUUCAAGGCCUGGACCGUUGUAGCUGGAGCGUUUGCGAGUCUUUUCGUCAGUUUCGGCUGGAUCAACUGCAUUGGCGUGUUCCAAGAAUACUACGAGACCCACCAACUCAGACAAUACUCUUCGCAGGAAGUGGCAUGGAUCCCAUCCACCGAGUCCUGCAUGAUGUUCAUAGGCGGCGUUUGGGUGGGAAGACUCUACGACAACUACGGUCCUAGAUACCUUCUCCUGGCCGGUACCUUUUUCCACGUCUUCGGACUGAUGAUGACCUCCAUCUCCAAAAAAUACUACCAGUUCUUCCUGGCGCAAGCCAUAUGCUCUGCCAUCGGCUGCUCUCUCUUCUUCUACCCUUCAAUGUCGGCCGUGACGACGUGGUUCUUCAGGCGACGGGCAUUGGCUCUCGGCGUCACGGCCGCCGGCUCAUCUAUCGGCGGCGUCAUUUUCCCCAUUAUGGUCGAGAGACUGAUCCCGCAAGUCGGCUUCGGCUGGACCAUGCGCAUAUGUGCCUUUUUGAUCCUGGGCCUGGGCCUCUUCGCGAACAUCACCGUCGUCAGUCGCAUACCGCCGAAACCGAGACCCGUCAAGCCCAUGGACUUUGUGCGGCCCUUUUCUGAACCCACGUUCGCCACGCUCGCUAUUGGCGCCUUUCUUACGUGGCUAGGUCUCUUCAUCCCCUUCACGUUCAUCAUCCUCGCCAGCCGGGCGCAUGGCGUCCCCAACUCGCUCGCCAAGUACCUCGUCCCGAUCAUGAACGCGGCGAGCACCUUUGGCAGGACGAUCCCGCCGUUCCUCGCCGACCGCGUGGGCCGUCUCAACGUCCUGCUGUCCAUGUCGAUUCUCUCGUCCGUCAUCACCCUCGCCCUGUGGAUCCCGAGCAGCGGCUCCGCCGCGACCGUCGUGUACUGCUGCAUCUUCGGCUUCGGCUCCGGCGGCGUCGCGAGCAUCCUGCCCGCGGUGAUCGCGCAGUUUUCCAACAUCCACGAGAUCGGCGUGCGCACGGGUGCCUUGUUCAGCGUGGCCGCCGUGGCGACCCUCAUCGGAUCUCCCAUCGGAGGCCAGAUCAUUUCGAACUCGGGGUACAGAAGCAUGCAGGCCUUUGGAGGCGCCACCCUCGCCGGGGGUUCUUUGGUUUGGAUCCUUCUCUGGAUCAGACUGGGUGGAAUCAAGGGGAAGAAAGUUUAA